AUGGCAGGCGGCCUCGAAGAGCUUUACAACGCCGAUGGGGUCGCUGCCUUUGUCGAGAUCGUCAAGAAGGCCGGGUCCAAGUUCACGGUACGCUCCAGCGGGUACCAUUCCAACUCUGGCCACAACAGUGUGGGCGAGUCCGGAGUCGUCAUGGACGUCCGCAAUCUCAAGUCAAUGUCCGUAGAUGACAACGGCGCUAUGAAUGUCGGAGCGGGCUAG